GAAACUGACGACCUGUUUAGGUGUUGGGUUGAGGGACUUGGUCAAACUUUUGGGAGUUGCCACUGCAGGUAUCCAUUCCAUGACGGACGAGCAUUUUGGCAUAAGUGUUGUGGAAUUUAUGGCUGCUGGUGCAAUUCCAAUUGCCCACAACUCAACUGGUCCGAAGAUGGACAUUGUGCUGGAAGAAGAGGGACAGCAAACAGGAUUUCUAGAAACACUGAAAUUAUUUGAUAAACCUGAGGAUGGUUAUGAUGAAAUCGCUUCAUUCCAGUGUAAAGAAAGAUUAUGUAAAGUUCAGAAGCACUGUGAGGGAGAUACAAAGAUACCACAUCGCAUUGGAAGUGAUGCAGCAACAAGAGAUUGGGUGGAUGUUUUUACCAGCUUCAGUGGCAUGACCAAAUUGUUGUUGUCAUCCAUUCAUAAGUUGGAUAUGGCACAGAUCAGGAUCCUGAAUGAUGUUUUGGUCCAUCUAGACAAGAGAAAUUUUUUUGAGCUGCUUCAUCGUGACUUCUGCUCUCAGAUCUGGUUUAAAAAGUACUUGACUAUGCAAGCUUUCCUCAAAUCAAAAGAUUGGCGGACACAAAGUGGCUUCUUCAUAGAUCUCUUUAUGAAAAAGCAAAACUACAGCUAAUGCCUCUAGAGCGAGACAUAUUAUUGGUUUAUAUUUAGUAUGGGUGAAGCAGCAGCAGGGUAAUUCAAAAGCAGCAGCAGGGUAAUACAAAAGCAGCAGCUGUAGGGUAAUAAGGAAGCGAGCAGGCCGAUUUUCAGAGCAAAAAUUUUAUGAGGAUUUUAAGGCCUCAGUUCAACAGUAGACAGACAGUAAAUUUUGUCUAAUUGUAAGUUCCAUAGGUACCGAGCACACUCGUGGAGUUUUAUGGGAGGCAGCAGUAGGAAUUAAUAUGAUCAGGUUGUAAGCAACCUAUGACAGUUUAUCACUCUUCAGAUCAAUCAUCGAUGUAUAAAUAAAUUCAACUUGUUCACUAAAAAAGAGAUUGAAGAUUUAAUCCAUGUGACAACCAAAGCAGAUAUGUUCAUAGAGAAAUAAGAUCUAAGAACGGUACCUCACGAUCUAACAGUUGUGGGCCAUUAGAAGCUUCCCCAUUUGAGUCACUAGUUGGAUGUUGAUCUCUAGAUGCAUCCCUUGGUAUUGUUCCACUUGAAAAAUCAGGAAUCACAAGAUCUACUCCUGGAUUAGCGGCUUGAAUUUGAGAAAGAAUGACAGAUGCCACGCUUGGUGCUAGUUUUUGCACUAAUUGAGUCUCCAUACUUUGUAAAAACUCCUGUGGAAAUAUGAAACCUGAAUUUUUAUCCUUUUUUUUCAAA